CGAGUUUCAGAGCAAGCUACCGGUUAUAGUAAGAGUCCUGCAAACACAAAUCUACGGGAAAAGAUCCGAUCGAGCAGAAAAUGGAAAAAGUGCCAAUCAUUGACAUUUCUCCACUUAUUGAGGGUGACCAGAUCAAAGCUGAUUCUCUUGCGAACGAAUUUAAGUCCGCCUUAGAGAGCUUUGGUGCAUUCUACAUCAAAGGCCAUGGGAUCCCUGUGGACGCAAUGAACACAGUCCUCCAACAAGCACGUGAUUUUUUUAGUCUACCGCUGGAAAAAAAGAAUGCGUUGUCAUUCAAGGACAGCAAUGCAUUUAGAGGGUAUUUCCAUAUGGGAGCAGAACUAACUGCCGGGAAGCCAGACAUCAAGGAAGGGUUUUUCUUUGGGAGUAAUGAAGGACGUGAGUCAGACUACGCAAUGUUUGGUGAAAACAGAUUCCCAGACGAGAAAGAUCUGCCUGAUUUUAAAGUCUGCAUUGAAUCCUUCAUGUCUUCACUGUCCGAUCUAGGAAUGAAGUUUGCACAAUUGUUUGCUGGUGGUCUUGGUCUGAAAGAUGACUUCAUACAAACAAUGUUUAACCCGCCGUUCUAUAACAUGACAUUAUGGCACUACCCUCCCCACCCUAAAGUCCAAGACGGCUGGGGGAUUGGGCCUCAUACUGACUAUGAAGUCUUUACUUUUCUCCUUCAAGACAGUGUUGGGGGACUGGAAAUGAAAAGACGUGAUGGGCGCUGGGUAGAUUUACCACCCAUAGAAGGGACUUUGUUGGUGAUGAUCGGUGACGUGACUGAGUGUUGGACCAAAGGUCUGUACCGAGCUCCUGUUCACCGUGUAAAGAACACUCAUUCAGUCAGCCGCUACUCUGCUGCCUUCUUCUUUCAGCCCAACCUGAAGACAGUAGUGGAGCCUCUGGAUAUGCAAGCCACAAAGAACUACGAAUACCAUCCUACAAGGAAGGAUUUGAAGAUACCUUUUAGUUAUGGGAAUCAGCUCAAGCUAAACUACGACAAAUACUUUGGUGGUGCAGCGACUAAAGUGCUGUACUGAGACCGCCCAACGAGACAAUAAUAAUAAACUAAAGAACAUGUAAAAUAUAAUUUAACAAAAAGAGGUAAGGAACUGGUCAGAAAGUGAAGGAGUGGGCCAUAAAUGUUCAAUUAUCAAACGACCAAAAAAAAAAAAAAA